UGUUGCAGUCCUCGGGAAAGUUGUGCAAACGGAUAUUCUCGCAAGGAUUGUGUUCAGGGCAUGGAAAAGCCCUUCCCUGUGAAGGAUGUACCGCACAUCACUAAGUCUUGGUCUGCUGUGUGCCCUCGUCUUGCACACUUGCUUAGCACGGCCUUGCAGGGAUGCUCUCGUCUCCCCACUGUAUGCCUCAUCUUUUUUAGCCUCCUCCAAGUAUAGCGUUUUAUACUCUCCAAAUCUUGCAAGACUUCACGGUAGCAGUGGAUGGUCACCAUCACCAAGUGACCAGCAGCCAUGGCUCCAGAUCAAUCUGAACUACAAGUACAGGAUCACUGGCAUCUCCACACAGGGCACCUUCAACAGCAACGACUGGGUGACGAAGUACAUGCUGCUUUACGGAGACCGGCCUGACAGCUGGAAACCCUAUGUGCAGCGAGCAGGCAAUAUGACUUUUGCAGGGAACUGGAACAACUACCAGGUGAAGAGACACUACUUCCACUAUGCCAUCACAGCCAAGCACGUCCGCUUUCUCCCCAUGGAGUGGAACCCUGAUGGCAAAAUCGGAGUACGACUGGAGCUCUACGGCUGCUACUAUGGCUCGUACGUCAUGGCGUUUGACGGGGAUGACGUGAUGUCGUACAGGUUCAGAAAGAGGACUAUGAGGACUCUACAGGAUGUCAUCGCCCUGAACUUCAAAACGCUGGAGAAAGAAGGCCUUCUGUUACACAGCGAGGGAUCGCAGGGAGACUUCCUCACGCUGGAGCUUCAUGACUCGAAGCUCGUCUUACACAUCAGCUUAGGCUCUAGCAACACCCAGGACAUCACUGGCAACACGACUGUCUCUCUGGGCAACCUGCUUGAUGAUCAGCACUGGCACUACGUGACCAUCCAACGCUAUGGCCGCCAUGUCAACUUUACCCUUGAUGGUCAAACCAGCAGAUUCAUCUGCAACGGAAACUUUGACAACCUGGAUUUGGAUAAUGAGAUAUAUGUCGGGGGGGUGAUCAACCCCGUCAAACCGUACCUGCCACAUAAGCACAACUUUAGAGGCUGCAUGGAGAACGUCUUCUACAACGGGGUCAACAUCAUCGACCUGGCCAAGUCAAAGGACACCCAGAUACGCUUCCCUCCCAGGAAGAAACCAGUGCGGUACGGCUGCCAAGAUGUGGUUCUCAGACCAAUGACCUUCAACGGAGCCAACAACUACCUGCAGGUGCCAGGUCCCAUGAGGAAAAUCCGGAUGUCGGUCAAGUUUAAAUUCCGGUCCUGGGACACCAUCGGGUUGCUCAUGUUUACCAGCUUUGCAGACAAGACAGGAUCCUUGGAGAUGGUCUUGAGUGACGGCCAGGUCAACAUCACAAUGACGAUGGCAGGAAAGAAGCCGCUGAAGUUUGCCGCAGGAUACCGGCUGAACAAUGGCUUUUGGCACUCGGUGGACCUUGUGGCACGGGAUGGUUCUGUUACCGUCAUCAUUGAUGAAGAAGAGGGGUCUCCAUUUCGGGUAAACAGCGAGUUCACCUUGCGCACUGGGGACAAGUACUUUUUUGGAGGGUGUCCAAAAGUAAACAACGACACCGACUGCCUGUCCAGCAUCAUGGCGUUUCACGGUUGUAUGCAGCAGAUCUUCAUUGACGGUGAGCCGAUUGACGUGGACAUCAUGCAGCGCCGCCGAUGGGGAGUUUCUUUCCAGAUUCUGCAUGGAACCUGCGCCUUCACCGACAGGUGCACUCCAAACCUCUGUGAGCACCAUGGACGGUGUACUCAGUCGUGGGACGAUUUCAUAUGCAAUUGUGACAACACGGGAUACAAAGGGGAAGUGUGUCAUAAAUCCGUCUUCAAGGAGUCCUGUGAAGCUUACCGGCUCAGUGGCAAGAUCUCCUCGGGCAACUACAGCAUUGACCCCGAUGGCAGCGGUCCACUCAAACCCUUCUUCGUCUACUGUAACAUGAAAGUGGACAAAGGCUUAACAGUCGUGCAUCACAACCGCAUCUACACGACCAAAGUGUCUGGGAGCACCAUGGAGCAGCCCUUUGUGGGGGACGUGCUAUAUAACAACGCCUCGUGGGAUGAGGUCUCCAUGCUCGCCAACAACUCGCUCUUCUGUGAGCAGUACAUUGAAUACAACUGCUACAAGUCCAGGCUGCUCAACACGCAGUCCGGAUCACCUUAUGCAUUUUGGAUUGGGCGGAAUGACCAGAGGCACUUUUACUGGGGAGGAUCGUAUCCAGGAAUAAGGAAAUGCGACUGUGGGAUCAAGAAGGAUUGCACAGAUAACAGGUUCUUCUGUAACUGCGACGCGGACUACAGGCAAUGGUACUCCGACAAAGGACUUCUGAAGUACACGGACCACAUGCCAGUGACACGCGUGGUCAUUGGAGAUACCAACCGCACUGGCUCGGAGGCCACGUUUUACCUGGGACCUCUGCGUUGCUAUGGCGACCGAAACACCUGGAACACGGUAACCUUUCAAAAAGUGACACACAUGCUCUUCCCAACUUUCAGACCGGGGACCAGUGCAGAUAUCUCCUUCUACUUCAAAACCACAGCAGAUUUUGGGGUUUUCCUGGAGAAUUCUGGGUACAGACAUUACAACUUCAUCCGACUGGAAAUGAACACAACAACAGACCUGGCUUUUGUGUUUAAUGUGGGUGAUGGCAUCGACAACGUGACCUUCAGGUCCCCCUUUCCGCUGAACAAUGACGAAUGGCACUAUGUCAAGGCCGAGAUCAACGCUAAGCUGGCCAGGAUCAAGGUGGAUAACAUGACGUGGGUGGUGCGCAGGUUUCCCCCACACACUUACGUCAGCAUGGAGUUUAACAAGCCGCUCCUGGUGGGUGCUGCUGAGAACAAGGUGCAGGGCUUCCUGGGCUGCCUGCGGGGAUUACGGAUGAACGGGGUGACGCUGGAUUUGGAGGGCAAAGCCAACGACAAGGAAGGCAUAAAGCAGAACUGCACUGGUUUCUGCUGGAACCCCAAGGUGCCAUGUCGGAACGCAGGCCGGUGCAUCGAGAGGUACAGCGCCUAUGAGUGCGACUGCAACAACACGGCCUAUGAAGGGAUGUUCUGCCAUAGAGACAUCGGCGCAUACUUUGAGCAGGGCACGUGGGUGCGCUACACCAUCCGCUCGGCUGCCAUCACUGCCGCUGCAGAAUUUGCCAGCUACGUGGACGCUUUCAACUUCAGCCUGGGCUACAACCAGACCAGCGAGGAGAUGUCGUUGAGUUUCCGCACCUCCCAGACCCCGGCCGUCCUCAUGUACAUCAGCUCCUUCACUCCUGACUACAUAGCACUCAUCCUCAGGAAAGAUGGGAGCCUGGAGCUGAGGUACAAACUUGGACUUCUGAGUCCAUCCUUUGUCGCCAGCCAAAGGAAUUUAUCGGAUGGACAGCCUCACAUAGUGAACAUCACUCGGACUGACAGAGACAUCAGGAUAGAGGUGGACUACACUGCACCGCUUUGGAUGAAAAUACCACUGAUAAGCAGCACCAAAUUCGACUCCCCGAAAUCGAUGUUCCUUGGAAGAGUGAUGGAGACGGGAAGACUCGACCCAGAAAUUCAAAAGUACAACUCUCCCGGGUUCACAGGCUGUAUGUCGGGUGUCCGCUUCAACAACAUCGCACCGCUGAAGUUUCAUUUCCGGCCAAACGGGACUCUCUUUAACCUGAGUAUCUCAGGGAACCUUUACGAAUCCAACUGCGGUGCUAUGCCAUGGCUGCCCCCACUCAUCCCCCUUGAAGCCGACCCCUGGUAUAUUAACAGAGUCUUACCCUACCUCCAUGACGACUUGCCCAGCGGCCCAGUACUUGCACUUAUCAUCCUGUUGGUUUUACUCCUUUUGGUGGGUGUCCCCCUCUUCCUGUACUUCCAUUUCUAUCGCUACAAAGGAACGUAUACCACCAACGAGCCUAAAACGGUGGAAUCCCCGAGCAAAGCCAAGCCUCUGACGGAGGCCCCCAGGAAAGGCGACAACCUGCCGCAGAUAGAAGAAGAGGAGGCCAGAGGAGAAUAGCCAUCAGGUGAACGUGGAGGUGGUGGUUGAGGUGGGGCGGAGAAGCUCCAGCAGCUAAGUGCAAGAUGGACACUUAAAUUAUUUUUAUUUGUCCCAUUAUUUCUUUUUUUUUUUCUGUUUUUAAAAUUCAUAAUAAAUUAAAUUAGACUGCCAAUCAGGAUGAUCUAUUCGAAAGUGGAGAUAACACACUGAGGAAAAGGAAGGAAUACACCGGUAGCACACUUGUGUGUGGCACUUGAGGCUCUGCUGGAGUGACAGAAGUGCCUGAAAACAGCUCUGCUCUAUUUUAAAAUCAAGAAAGGUCUUCCUUUAUUUCUAAAACUUGUCAUCUGUAGUUUAAAACUGCCAAGCAGAAAGUUUACAUGACACUGUUAUUAGAAUAGCAGACAUAUGCCGUAUAUGGUGGGGAGUCAAAUAGUAUAUGCAGUGUGUUUGUGUCCAUUUCUGCAAUUAGUUGAAUUUUGUGCAUAAGCUAAAUUUCCUCAAAACAAUAAGCGACCAUCUUCCCAUUUGGCGCUGGCUAUCGAGACGUCUUCUGCCAACGGUCACUCCACAUACGCUGGCAAACAGCACUAUGCACUUAAGACUAAACAUUCUAGGAUUUGCAGUGGCGGGCUCUGAAUAAAAACUGCAAGAACAAACGGUCACGAGGUGCUCUCUGAUUGUGUGACAAUCACUGCGUCUAACAGCAUCCUGCGGCUUCAAAUGAUCCUUUGUCUGAACCCUCAACGUCGGUUUCUGUCAGGCCUCGCAAUUGUUGGAAAUACACACGAUGUUAGCACUAACCCGUCCAUCCAGUACAGGGUCACGGUGCCAAUCCCAGCCACACUGCCUGCAAAGCGGGAAAUACGCCCUUAACGGACCACCACUAAUGUGAAGGAUUAUGGGAGAUCCGUUUUUAAAACAUUUAACCUGUAAACUGUAUCAAGCAUUUAUCGAUGAAUGUGAAGCCCAAUGUCGCCUCUCAUGCAUGUCCAACAUGUGUAAAGAACUGCCUAAAGCUGACAGAGGCAGCUGUGAGACGUUGUUGUGUUGUCCUCAGCCAUAGAGGCCAUAAUGAAGGGGCUGCGCGGAUAUGAAGAACACUGAUAUUGUCAUUGCGCUCAAUUUAAUAAACACAUUGCUGAUUCUCUUUGUGCACGUGUGUACAGGUGCCGGUCAUAGAACUAGAAUAUCAUGACAAAGUUGGUUUAUUUCAGUAAUUCCAUUCAAAAAGUAAAACUUCUCACCUCUAUUAAUGGCAAU